AUGUCACAUGUGCUUCCCUGUUCUGCAGUCGAUCAAUCUAUUAUGAGCACGUUAAAAAUGCUUGUUCUGCUGAGCUGCUGGACUUUUACAGGAGUUAUGGCAAAGGAUCCAUCAGAGACCCACUAUCGACUGGAAAACAGCUCAGUGUGUCUCCAUGUCACAGGACCACCACCAAAUGAAGAUGGUUAUUGGACAUUUAAAAACAGAUUUUUGAUUAGUCAUACAAAAAUCAAUCCAAAAUAUAAAGAGAAAGCUGUUUUUCUCGAACUUAACCUAACUUUGUGCAUAGAAAACCUGACUGAAUCAGACACUGGCAGCUAUAAGGUUACAUACUUUGAUUCCGAAUCAAUGUCCAGAUCAGAGACAAGCCACGUCAUUGUUCAAGGAAUGGUUCCCACACCUGCCAUGACUGUGAACACACUGCAUCACUCCAACGUAUCUUCGGGAUUCUGUAACUUUACAGUUAACUGCUCCAUCCAGGAUUACUGGCUGUCAUCUGUCUGUGACGGUGACGGCUGCAGGCAAUUCCAGAAAUCUUUUCAGAGGCUCAACAUCACAAUCUUCUCUGACAACGGAAAUGUUGUCUGCAGUGGCAACAACCAUGUGAGCACAAGUAAUGUCUCCAAAAGUCUACCAACAAUGUGUUCUAAUAAAUAUACACAUGAUGAUGAUGAUGAAGAGGAGCAAAUGCUAAAUCCCUUAGUACCUUCAAUCAUUGUUUUGGCUGUCUUCACACUGGGCGGUGCAUGUUUUGCCCUCGUCAAGAAAUACAUCUUAAAAGAAAACAGUGAUAAUGAGGCAACAACAGCUGCUGCUCAGUUAGUGGAAAAUGGGCCGUUGGAGACGCAGCCACAAUCUGAGCCCAGAGUGUCCACUUCUUCCAGUGAAGCUGAGCCUUCGUAUGAGAAUGUGGAUGUCAGUCAGCUCAGGAGCAGUGGCCCGAGGCAGGAGCAGGACAACUGGGAGAGUCAGGGAGUAGAUACCAUCUAUAAUGUGCCAAGACCAGUGGCGUCCGGUCUCAAGAGAGACAGCAGAACCAAUAGUGCAGGACUCAAAAACAUGCAAGAGCAAGACCCUUUAAUUUUAGACUCUGUUACCACAAAUGAGCUGCAGAGCCCAACAGACACUGAGACAAUUUACAGCUUGCUGCAGAAGACUUAAAGGGGACCUGUUAUGGCAUUUAAUGUAUAUUUUAAACAGGCCUUGAAUGUCUUA